CCGCAGGGGGACCCCAUUCCUGAGGAGCUCUAUGAGAUGCUGAGUGACCACUCGAUCCGCUCCUUCGAUGACCUCCAGCGCCUGCUGCACGGAGACUCCGUAGAUGAAGAGGUAGCCGAGCUGGACCUGAAUUUGACCCAGUCCCAUUCUGGAGGCGAGCCACAGAGCUUAUCCCGAGGGAGAAGGAGCCUAGAUUCCUCAACAGUUGCCGAGCCCGCCAUGAUUGCCGAGUGCAAGACACGCACGGAGGUGUUCAAGAUCUCCCGGAGCCUCAUCGACCGCAGCAACGCCAACUACCUGGUGUGGCCGCCCUGCGUGGAGGUGCAGCGCUGCUCCGGCUGCUGUAACAACCACAAGGUGCAGUGCCGCCCCACCCAGGUGCAGCUGCGACAUGUCCAGGUGAGAAAGAUUGAGAUCGUGCGGAAGAAACCGACCUUUAAGAAGACCACAGUGACCCUGGAGGACCACCUGGCAUGCAGGUGUGAGACAGUGGUUGCUGCACGACCUGUGACCCGAAACUCGGGGAGUUCCCAGGAGCAGCCAGCCAAGAUGCCCCAAACUCGGGUGACUAUUCGAACAGUGCGAGUCCGCAGGCCCCCCAAGGGGAAGCACAGGAAGUUCAAGCACACGCAUGACAAGAAGGCGCUGAAGGAGACCCUGGGAGCCUAGGGGCAUGUGCAGGAGAGUGCGGGCAGGAUUAUUUAAUAUGGUAUUUGCUGUAUCGCCCCCAUGGGGUCCUUGGAGUGAUAAUAUUGUUCCCCUCGUCCGUCUGUCUCGAUGCCUGAUUCGGACGGCCAAUGGUGCUUCCCCCACCCUCCACGCACCCGUCACCCCUCUGCCAGCGGGUCUCCCCUCGGUGACCUCCAGCGUCUUGCCUGGAAGUUUGAGAAGGAAAUGAAGGAUCUGGACUCCAUCAAGGGCUUCCUCCCCCUGACCCCGAGAAACUGGGAUAAGAGUGCAAGAGACACUGAUGGGGGAAGAGGCUCCCUUCCCCAGUGCCUGGCCAGGCCACCCCUGAGCACUGUGGAAAUGGCUCGAAGAACCCUGCCCGCUGCCCUGAGGACCCCCAGCACGGCCUGGUCCCUGGACUCCCAGCCAACUCUGAUGGGAAUCCCCCAGGCAGGCCAGAGUGCCUCAUGCUCCUGUGGCUGAAACCAGGUGGGGGAGCACAGACUGGAGAACCCCUCCCAGAGGUGCCCAGGCCUAGUCACCUCUCCCUGGUCACCUCUGCGCACAGUGGCUCUCUUUCAUGUUAUACAUAUGAAAUCUUUGAAGAUGCGAACUCCUCUGGGCAAGUGUGGCCUGAGUGCCCGGCAGCCAAGUGCCCUCUCAGAUGGGUCAGAGAUGAAGUUUGCUCUGGAGGGGAGUGUAGAUGGUGACCUGGGCAUCCACUGCCUCCCCAGCUCCCCUUUCACUUCCUCCUGUUUCAUCUCUCUACCUCCCCCCCGCAUCUCCCUGUUGUCCUGGUCCUUCAGUCUGCUCCACCAAGGGGAACACCCCUUACUGAGUCUCCUGUGACCCCAGAGACUGCCCCUAGGGCAGAAGACCAGGGCCCAGGGCAGCAGGGGGCCUGCCCAUCAUAUUCCAGCCCAGCCGAGAUUGCCAUGUGAGGCUGGGCAGGGUGUGCACCGCACAGGGCACUGAGGGCAAGGACCACUGCUCUCAUCACAGACAUGGCCAGUUUGCGUAUUUAUUCUGACAGUUUCCUGGCAGGUGUAGGUAAAAUGUGCUUUUCCUAAUUGACACAAAGGCUCUGUGUGGACUGGCUGUGCCCCUGACCCGGCCCAUGGCUUGGAGUGGUCGGACAGAGUGAGCUCAUGGAGGGCGGGGAGGUAACACAUUGUCCAUCUGGCCUUUCUGUCCCCAAGUCCUCAGCUCAAGAAGUCCCCCUUCCAGGCAGGUGUGGAAAACCCAGAGAGUCUCCAAGGGAGGGAGCAGCCCCUGCACACUCCCCUGUCUUAGAUCCUUUGAGCUCCACCUCUGGUGGCUCCCGCCGGGGAAGCAGCUCCUGGGCUGGGAGUGGGGAAGAAAGGAAUAGAUCCCCAGGGCCCUGGGGGUGGGCUCUCAGGUCCCGCCUC